GUUGCCCGGCGCCUGUAUCAGUGCAGCCAGACAGAGGGUAACCAUAGCCACCGGCCCACCAUCACCACCAUCUCUGUCAUUAUCAGCAGCAGCAGCAGCAGCAGCAGCAGCAGAGAAGACAGGGACAGAGGGGGAGUGAGAAGGACAGUGAGCAUCCCUGGAGACAAACAGACGCAGUGAGAAGAUGACUCUGGCAGCCUACAAAGAGAAGGUCAAAGAGCUCCCCCUGGUGUCUCUGUUCUGCUCCUGCCUGAACCCUCGGACCAUCGAUAAGCCGACAUAUAAGGCAGAAGAUGCAGUGGACCUGGGCUGGUGCGUCAUGAAGGAUGUGGAGGUGAUUGAACUGAAUAAGCGGGCAUCAGGCCAGGCCUUCGAAGUCAUUCUCAAGCCCCCGUCCUUUGACGGCGUGCCAGAGCUCAACACCUGCAUGCCGCAGCGCCGUGACCCGUCCCUGGAGGAAAUCCAAAAGAAACUGGAAGCCGCCGAGGAGAGGCGAAAGAUCCAGGAGGCUGAGCUGCUGAAGCAUCUGGCGGAGAAGAGGGAGCACGAGCGCGAGGUGAUCCAGAAGGCCUUCGAGGAAAACAACAACUUCAUCAAGAACGCAAAGGAGAAGCUGGAGCAGAAGAUGGAGGCUAAUAAAGAGAACAGGGAGGCCCUGCUGGCUGCCAUGCUGGAGAGGCUGCAGGAGAAGGACAAACACGCUGAAGAAGUGAGGAAGAACAAGGAGAUGAAGGAGGAAGCAUGCCGGUAGAUGAGAGGAACACGGGAGUGGAGCGACAGAGAGCUGGGACUUAUGGGGUAAAAAAAAACAAAAAAAAAAACAGUGAAAACAAAGGAAUUGAAAACAGUGCAGGAAAGAAAGAAAAAAGAACUCCAAGAGAGAGAGAAUUUUCAUAUUUGAUGUAUGCUGUAAUGAUUCUUAACAAGCUGUACAAAGUUUAGCCGACGUUUGAUGUUGACAUUCACAAAGAAUUCUUGCGCCUUUUUGUUUUCUAAAGAAAAGUGGGUGUGUGGGGGGGGGGGGGGGGGGGGGCAUCAAAACAAACAUUUCACUUUUUUGAAAGAGGGGCUGUUGUGCUUGUUUGGUUGGGAAUAAAACAACAUUAAAAUGCAGCUUCAUUCAGUCAAAAAACAGGACGUUUUUUUUUUCAGAACUGAAUAAAACCAAUUUGGCGCCGACUCUGAAGAUUAAGUCAUGUUUACUUUCAAAGCAACUAAAUCAACAGCUUUUCAUGGGCUUAGAAAAAGAGACAAUAUAGACUAAAAAAAGAUAAACAAUAAGAUACAUUAUAAUUUCGCUGUACUUCUGUAUAAGUGACAAUAAAGGCCCCAUACCAUUCCAAAGUCCCAAUAACAAUGGACUUCUUUACAAUGAGACUGCAAACAGAAGAAGGGAGUUGUAAUCUAACUUGUUAAGUGAUGUGUUAGAGUAGCACUGGACACACAUGUAGUUAAAAAGUCGUAUCAUCAGCCAAAUACAAGAAAGGAGUAACACAACUCAGAAAUCAUGCACACUUCUAAAUAAAAAUAAAGACUGAUUUCCCUUGUUUCCACAUUUCUCAUACUAACUCUUUGCUGCAGCAUUUCUGGACUUGUUCAUUCUGUGUGAGUGUGUGUGUGUGUGUGUGUGCUCAUGAAUAUCCAUAAACACCAGGCUUUUCUCUCCAAUUCUGCCAUUUCUGGACUUUGUGAAACGUCAGCGUAAAUGUAGAUCAGUGACUUGCAUUUGAGUCUGUUAGAUUGUAGCGCACUGAUUGCACUCUUAUUUCAUUAAGCACAACUCCAAAGCACAUUUGCAUAGACAGAAGAGAAAGGAGGACAAAGUGGCAGGAGUUGUUUUCCCGGCUGAGCUGUAGUAUCAGUCUGCUUGGGCAUGCGUCGCCGUGCUCCGACUGUCGCUUUUGAAAGAUUUUAAAAGGGAAAUUUAAAACACAAAAGAGUAAACGACGAAAUUCCAUUUUUGCUUGAGUUGUUGAGUCAUACUGACUUGGUUGAAGUGUGUGGAGUGUUGUUGCGCUGUAACGGGGGAGUGGUGACAUUAGGGGUUUGUACUUGCUGUAACUGUGUGUCGCUGUAUAUCCACGAGGCUGGAUCGAUUGUAUCUAUUUGGCAUGGUCAGUAAAAGCAGCUUGACUGAA